AUGAAUAUGCUGGUCACAAUUGACAGCGAGGUUAAGGCGUAUAUCAAGAAAAUCAUGGGCCAACUGCACAAAUGGCUGGUGAGCGGAAAGAUUUCUAAACUGAUUGUUGCAAUUACUUCAAAAGAUACAGGCGAGGUGGUCGAGCGAUGGCAGUUCGAUGUGCAGGUUCUUAGCGGGACUGUAUCAGCUGCUGAGUCUGGAUCCAGCGAGUCGGCUAAAGAACCAGACCACUCGAAACCACAGGAAGAGAUCCAGAAAGAGGUCCAGGCGAUUAUUCGUCAGAUAACUGCGUCUGUUACGUUUCUACCAGUUUUGGAAGGUCGAUGUACAUUUAAUGUCCUGGUAUACGCAGAUGGGGACGUGCAAGCUCCUGUGGAGUGGGUGGACAGUGAUGCCAAGACCAUAAAGAAUGCUGAACAAGUCCAGCUACGGAGUUUCUCUACCGAUAAACACAAAAUUGAUACCCUCGUUGCAUACAGUUUAGGUGACGCUUGA